GGCAUUGACACGGAGCAUGUUGCUCCAAUGGAAGACUCAUGGGUCACCCAUAUAAUGAAACUUGUGUCACCUCCACUCAAAAUUGGACAAGAAGGAAACAUCUAUAAACUGUCUGAUGAGAUUAGAGAGGACUAUCUGCUGAGUGUCAAGAAAGCUAUUGUUGACUUCGUGUUGAAAGAUCCUAGACAGAAAGAUGAGGAAGAAUCUGUGGACGAGAGCCUAGAACACAGACAGGAGUUAAAGCAGGUACCAAAGCCAUGGUUCCGAGAAUUUCUGUAUGCAAGAAAUGCCAUGAAGGAGAAGCUUAAUGUGAUAAACCCGUGCAUGGCUGCUGUACUGGCAUUGUGGCAUGACAAAUAUAGAUAUCUGAGACUAGUAAACAAAGAUGAAAUGCAACUUGUGAGUUCAGCCGUGGAGCUUCCCACAUUCCAGCACACUGCAGCCAGGCAGUUGGAACUUGGAAAGGAGGGGCUAAUGAAGAAUUGGUUUCCUGAAGUGCAGAACAUAUUCUAUAAAGGCAACAAGAGGAAGCAGGUUCCCUCACAUCUCCGAAGGCUCAAACUGGAGUCGUUCUUCAACUGUGCAGCCACUCUGAUGACAUCCAACCUGCAGAGUUUGGUUCUGGAGUCUAUCAAUGACUUCACAUCAAUGAUAGUUGAUUGUCACAGCAAAGAGACGAACCAUAUCAGCUUCAUCAUUCGUCUGAUAUUAGAAACCAGUGGGGUGAAAUUUGAGCCUGAGUUUGAAAACUUCGAAGCAGUUUUGAUGAACGUUUAUGAGAUGAUGUUGACAGCUGUGGAAAUUGUUCCUAGAGUGGAGUCAAAAUUGCUGCCAGAGUCUGCUGUGUCUCAGACAGGAAACCUCAAGCCAGUGAUUUUACCCGAAAUUGUCAUGAAUGCUAAAACAUGCAUGAGAGAUGCAAUUGAGAAGGGAAUGGCUGGACCUCUGCAACAUGCUGCACUCUAUGAAAAGUACAACUUCAUCAUCACAAACAAGGCAGAGAUGGAGGUUCAGAAGUUCAUAUCUGAGAACCACACCUUCGAAGAGUUCAGCAAGCUCGUGUCACAAUUCAAGAGCUUACAGGAAGAGAUAAUGUACACAUGCUUCCCGGUUGUACAAUAUGGAAUGUUUGAAGUACACUGUGACGAGCUGAUCCAUGCUCUAGCAUGCAGGGCAGAAGCCCUUGCAAACACUCUUCUUGUCAAGAUGUCACGUGAUCACCAAGCAGCUAAUCAGCGGUUGUGCGACCAGUAUGAGGCAAUUGCAAAUAAAGCUCUCACCACACCAGCUAACACUGCUGAAUUAAUUGAACAGAAGGAAUUUACACGAAAAGUAGAGACCGAGACCAUCUUUGAGCUCGAGAAGGAGUUGCUAGAGGCAAAGGCGAGGAUGCUAUUUCUCUCUGAUUUGAGUACAUUCACACCAUCUGAAAUUCGACUAAACAACAGCACGUUCCUGUGGAAUGGUCGACUAGAAGAGAUCUUUGAGGAAAAUCGGAAGAUUUGUGAAGAUAAGAAAGCUCACUAUGAAGAGAACCUCAAGCUUCGUAGAGAACGGUUCAUCGAGGAGCUAGAUGGCUACCGCAAGCAGUUACAGGAGUUCCAAACAUAUGGCGACAUGAGUGAGAUUCACAAGUACUGUAAGAAAGCACAGAGUCUUGAUGCUAAGCUAAAGACUGCAGCUGAGAAGAUCGAGGCUUUUAAUACUGAAGAGGAAGCAUUUGGUUGGGAUUUGACAACCUACCCUGCAAGACAAGAACUAGUGCAAAUGCUACAGCCAUAUAUGAAAUUGUAUGACACUGCUGUAGAAUUUGGAACCAAAUACAGAGAGUGGAUGGAUGGACCAAUGGAUGCAGUAGUGCCAGAUAUGGUGGAACAAGAGGUUGGCAAUUACUGGAGAACCAUGUACAAACUAGAGAAGGGAUUCACAGACAUUCCUGCUGCUAAGAAGAUUUCACAAAAGGUCCGCCGUAAGAUGGAUGAUUUCAAGCAGCACCUACCUCUCAUUUCUGCACUCUUCAACCCUGGUAUGAGGGAUCGCCACUGGGAUCUAGUGUCAGAGGUCAUCGGAAUACCCUUCAAGCCUGAUGAAGACACAUGCUUGUCAAAGCUUGUAGAUAUGAACCUAGAGGCAUACAUUACCAAGUUUGAAGCUGUUAGUGAAGCAGCCAGCAAAGAGUACUCUUUGGAGAAAGCAAUGGAGAAAAUGAAGAUUGAGUGGGAUGAUGUGGAGUUUGGAGUGGUAGCCUACAGGGAAACAGGCACCUAUAUUCUCUCAUCAGUGGAUGACAUUCAGAUGCUACUAGAUGACCAGAUAGUCAAGACACAAACAAUGAGAGGUUCACCAUUCAUCAAGCCAUUUGAAGCUGAAAUCAAGGAGUGGGAAGCAACAUUGCUGCUACUACAGGAAAUUCUAGAUGAGUGGCUAAAAGUACAGGCAACUUGGCUCUAUCUAGAACCGAUUUUCAGCUCACCUGAUAUUAUGGCUCAGAUGCCAGAGGAAGGAAGACGGUUUAGCACAGUGGAUAAGAAUUGGCGAGACAUCAUGAAGGCUGCGCAUUUGGACAAAAGGGUUCUCGCUGUUGUAAAGAUCGACUCGAUACUGGAAAAAAUGCAGAAGUCAAACGAAUUGCUGGAACUGAUUCUCAAGGGGUUGAAUGAAUACCUGGAGAAGAAGAGACAAUACUUCCCCAGAUUCUUCUUUUUGUCUAACGACGAACUGCUGGAAAUCUUGUCUGAGACAAAAGAUCCUACCAGAGUACAGCCCCAUUUGAAGAAGUGCUUUGAGGGAAUUGCUAACCUCGAGUUCACAGAGCUGUUGGACAUCACACAUAUAAAAAGCAGUGAAGACGAGAUAGUUGAGCUGAAAGAUGUCAUCUCAACAUCAAAGGCCCGGGGUCAGGUUGAGAAGUGGCUGCUAGAACUUGAAGUCGAUAUGUUACAGAGCAUCCACAAGGUGACAGGCGAAGCUCUAGAAGCAUAUGCCAAAGUGCCAAGGAGUGAGUGGGUAGUGCAGUGGCCAGGUCAGGCAGUGUUGUGUGUGUCACAGAAGUACUGGACAAGCGAUGUGCACAAGGCCAUUCGGGAUGGACAGAAGGCACUAGAUGAUUAUCUGCAGCAGAACAAUGAGCAGAUUCAUACCAUUGUGAUGAUGGUGCGAGGCAAGCUGUCUAAGCAGAACAGAACUACACUGGGGGCACUGGUAGUCUUGGAUGUGCAUGCUCGUGAUGUAUUGUCAUCGAUGGUCAAGAACGGUGUCUCUGACGAGAAUGACUUUGAGUGGUUAAGCCAACUGAGAUACUACUGGGAGGAUGGAAAUAUUAUGACCAAGAUGAUCAAUUCACAGUUGCCGUAUGGCUAUGAAUACCUGGGUAAUUCUGGCCGGCUGGUAAUCACUCCACUCACGGAUAGGUGUUACAGAACUUUGUUUGGGGCACUGCACUUGCAUUUGGGCGGCGCUCCUGAGGGCCCAGCUGGAACUGGAAAAACUGAGACAACGAAGGAUUUGGCCAAAGCUGUUGCGAAACAAUGUGUUGUCUUUAACUGCUCAGAUGGGUUGGACUACAUCGCACUUGGGAAAUUCUUCAAGGGCUUGGCAUCAUGCGGAGCUUGGUCAUGUUUUGACGAGUUCAAUCGCAUAGACCUAGAAGUAUUGUCUGUGGUGGCACAGCAGAUUCUAACCAUUCAACGAGCGAUCCUUGCUGGAGCUGAAACUCUGAUGUUUGAGGGAACGUUGCUGAAACUGAACCCGAUGUGUGCAGUGUUCAUCACCAUGAACCCUGGUUAUGCGGGACGCUCAGAAUUACCUGAUAACCUGAAGGCACUUUUCAGAUCUGUUGCCAUGAUGGUUCCAGACUAUGCACUAAUCUCUGAGAUUGUGCUCUACAGUUGUGGAUUUGUCAGUGCUAGACCACUCUCAGUCAAGAUUGUGGCUACGUACAGGCUGUGUUCAGAGCAACUAUCCUCACAGAGUCAUUAUGACUAUGGUAUGCGAGCUGUCAAAUCUGUUCUCACUGCUGCCGGAAACCUAAAGCUGAAAUAUCCUGAUGAGAAUGAAGAUAUACUAAUUCUGCGCUCUAUCAAAGAUGUGAACCUUCCAAAGUUCUUGCAGCAUGACCUACCAUUGUUUGCUGGCAUUACAAGUGACCUCUUUCCUGGUAGCGUUCUUCCACAGCCUGACUACGAAGUCUUGAAUGAGGCUAUCAGAGAGAACUGUGAUAAGAUGAACCUGCAGUGUACAGAUGUUUUCCUAGAGAAGAUACAGCAGAUUUAUGAGAUGAUGAUUGUUCGUCAUGGGUUCAUGAUAGUGGGCGAUCCAUUUGGAGGCAAGACAAGUGCUUACCGUGUGCUAGCUGCUGCACUGGCUGACAUCAAUCACAAGGGUUUGAUGGAUGAGAACAAAGUGCAGAUAACUGUGAUCAACCCCAAAUCAAUCACCAUGGGACAGCUGUAUGGUCAGUUUGACCCUGUGUCACACGAGUGGUCUGAUGGCAUUCUUGCUGUUAGCUACAGAGCAUUUGCAACAUCGACAACACCUGAUCGCAAGUGGUUGAUUUUUGAUGGACCAGUCGAUGCAAUAUGGAUAGAAAACAUGAACACUGUACUGGAUGACAACAAGAAACUGUGUCUCAUGAGCGGGGAGAUCAUCCAAUUGGCUGCUACCACUAACCUGAUAUUUGAACCUAUGGAUCUAGAGGCUGCAUCUCCUGCAACGGUGUCUCGCUGUGGUAUGAUCUACAUGGAACCGUCGUCGCUAGGAUGGCGCCCUCUGCUGAAGAGUUGGCUCAACACGCUUCCACCCACAUUGAAUGACCUGCACAAAGAAACGCUGAAUAACAUGUUUGAACGAUUUGUUGACCCAAUUCUGCAUUUCAUCAGAAAAGUUGGGAAGGAGCUGGCACCGACAACUGAUGCUAACCUGGUUCACUCGCUGAUGAAUCUCAUUGAUGCCCAGAUGGAUGAGUUUAGAGAUGAAGCCGUGUUCAGCAAGCUCACUGAGCAGCAGGUCUCAUCGUGGAUCGAGGGAAUCUUUCUGUUUUCCUGCAUUUGGUCUCUUGGAAGUAGCAUAGAUGACAGGGGCCGGGAAAAGUUUGACUGUCUGUUCAGAGAGUUGAUUAAGGGUGGCAUGAGUGAAGAGACAAGAAAGAGUAUGUCCUUUCCUAACCUUGUUGCAGCACCAAAUACCCCCUACACAAGUGUUAUACCAGAGGCAGGACGAGUGUACAACUACAAUUUUGUAAAAGAGGACAACGGCUGUUGGAGGAGAUGGGCAGAACAGUUGAAAGAUGUCCCGCCCAUUCCCAAGGAUGCGGUGGUUAAUCAGAUCAUUGUGCCGACUGUAGACACGGUGCGCUACUCGGCAUUAAUGGAGAUGCUAGUCACUCAUCAAAUGCCAGUUCUAUUUGUUGGCCCAACUGGAACUGGAAAAUCUAUUUACAUCAGUGACUUCUUGCUAAAUAAGCUUGACAAAGAAGUCUACAAGCCUGUGUGCAUCAACUUCUCUGCUCAGACAAGUGCUAACCAAACGCAGGACAUCAUUAUGUCAAAGCUGGACAAGAGGAGGAAAGGUGUGUUUGGACCACCUAUGGGAAAGAAAACGGUCGUAUUUGUGGAUGAUCUUAACAUGCCAAUACGGGAGACGUAUGGAGCACAGCCUCCAAUAGAACUGUUGAGGCAGUGGCUAGAUCAUUGGAACUGGUAUGACCGUAAAGACUGCUCUACAAUCAACCUUGUAGAUGUCCAAGUCAUUGCUGCUAUGGGACCCCCAGGUGGUGGUAGAAACGUGAUUACACCACGGUUCCUGCGCCACUUCAACUGCAUCACUAUCAACGAGUUUGAUGAUGAAUCGAUGGAAACGAUCUUUGCGAAAAUCAUGGCAUGGCAUGUUGAAACCAGAGGAUUCAGCAAGAACUUUCAAACGUGCGUUACACAGUUAGUCACUGGCACACUUGAUGUGUACAAGGAGUCGAUGGCUAACCUGCUACCCACCCCAGCCAAGUCUCACUACCUGUUCAAUCUCCGAGAUUUCGCUCGAGUGAUUCAAGGAGUUUUGCUGUCUGUUCCUGAGACAAUGGAUGAUGCAGAUGCAAUGCGUAGACUCUGGGUUCAUGAGGUGUUCAGAGUGUAUUAUGAUCGCCUCGUGGAUGACCACGACAGAGAUUGGCUAUUCAACUGUGUGAGGAAUGUCACUAAAGAGACGCUUAGUACAGACUUUGAUCAACUGUUUGCUUCACUGGAUGCUGAUGCUGAUGGGAAAGUACACGAGUCUGACAUGAGAGCACUGCUGUACUGUGACUUCUCAGAUCCAAAGAGCAACAGCAAACAUUACAUGGAGGUGCAUGAUUUAGACAAGCUGAGAGUGGUGGUCGAAGGAUAUCUGGAGGAAUUCAACAAUAUGAGCAAAAAGCCAAUGAACCUUGUCAUGUUUAGGUUUGCAAUUGAACAUGUUGCCCGCAUAUCACGCAUCUUGAAGCAGCCAAGAAGUCACGCAUUGUUGGUGGGAAUCGGUGGUUCUGGCCGACAGUCCCUUACUCGCCUUGCAGCUCAUAUGGCUGAUGCCAACCUGUGCCAGGUUGAGAUUGGCAAAGGUUACACGUCAGUGGAAUGGAGAGAAGAUCUGAAGAAAAUUAUUCGCCAGUCUGCAGUAGGAGACCAGGAUGCUGUCUUUCUGUUUGCUGACUCACAGAUAAAAGAGGAAUCUUUUCUGGAAGAUAUUAACAACCUGCUGAAUGCUGGGGAAGUACCAAACCUGUUUGCUCUGGAUGAGAAGCAAGAAAUAUGUGAAAGAAUGCGUCAGAUUGACAAACAAAAAGAGAAAUGCAAACAGACAGAUGGGACGCCUAUUGCCCUCUUCAACAUGUUCAUUCAGAGAGUUCGAGACCAGUUGCACAUCGUGUUGGCUAUGAGCCCAAUUGGUGAUGCAUUUAGAAAUCGGCUACGAAAGUUUCCUUCACUUGUCAACUGCUGCACUAUAGACUGGUUCCAGCCCUGGCCAGAGGAUGCUUUAGAGGCAGUGGCAACCCGCUUCUUGGAGGAUGUAGAGAUGGAAGAAGACACUAGACAAGGCUGCAUUGUCAUGUGCAAAAGAUUUCACACCAGCACGCAGCAACUGUCUAACAGAUUUCAUCAGGAGUUGGAAAGGCACAACUACGUGACACCAACCUCAUACCUUGAGCUCAUAAAUACGUUCAAGGUGCUAUUGGAUAAAAAUCGAGGGGAAGUGAUGAAGGCAAAGCGCAGAUAUGAGAUAGGUUUAGAGAAGCUCCACUCUGCUGCCUCACAAGUGUCCACCAUGCAGGAAGAACUGACAGCCCUCCAGCCCCAGCUGGUUGUAGCCAGCAAAGAAGUGGAUGAGAUAAUGGUCAUAGUAGAGAAGGACUCUAUUGAGGUGGCCAAAGUAGAAAAGGUUGUGAAAGCAGAUGAAGCAGUGGCCAACCAGCAAGCCAGCGCAGCCAAAGCCAUCAAAGAUGAAUGUGAUGCUGACCUUGCUGAAGCCAUACCCAUCCUGAAUGGGGCCUUAUCUGCACUCAACACCCUUACACAGAACGACAUCACAAUGGUGAAAUCUAUGAAGAGCCCACCAGCUGGUGUGAAACUUGUCAUGGAAGCCAUCUGUAUUCUCAAAUUAUCCAAACCAGAUAGGAUCCCCGACCCUUCUGGUUCAGGGAAAAAAAUUGAAGAUUACUGGGGGCCCUCAAAGCGACUUCUUGGUGACAUGAAGUUCCUAGAUUCAUUGUCUACAUAUGACAAAGACAACAUUCCAGGGCCAGUUAUCAAGGUGAUUCGUACGAAGUACUGCACAAAUCCUGAUUUUGAUGCAGAUAAGAUUAAAUCAGCCUCCACUGCUGCUGAAGGUUUGUGCAGGUGGGUCCUUGCAAUGGAAGCUUAUGACCGUGUCGCCAAAGUAGUCGCACCGAAAAAGCUGGCCCUGGCAGGAGCAGAGCAGGAACUGGCUACAGCCAUGGCUGCUCUAGAGAAGAAGCGUGCAGCCCUGAAAGAGGUUCAAGAUAAACUCAAGGUGCUUGAGGAAACACUGGAGGAAAAUAAGCGCAAGAAAGCUCAUUUAGAAACCCAAGUAGAUCUGUGUAGCAAGAAGCUAGAUCGUGCCGAGAAGCUCAUCGGUGGCCUUGGUGGUGAGAAGGAUCGGUGGAAUCAGUCAGCGAAGGAAUUGAGCGAAAGGUACCUGAACCUGACUGGUGAUGUACUAAUCUCAGCCGGCGUGGUAGCGUACCUUGGUGCGUUCACCUCUGGAUAUAGACAAGACCAGGUGACUGAGUGGAUAUCUGUCUGCAAGCAGCUGCGCAUCCCGUGCAGUGAUGGGUUCUCCCUCAGGGAUACACUGGGUGAACAGGUGGCAAUCAGGGCCUGGAAUAUUGCUGGCUUGCCUACUGACAGCUUUUCUGUUGACAAUGGAAUUAUCAUCAGCAAUUCGCGCCGCUGGCCACUGAUGAUUGACCCUCAGGUGACCUUGUUAAACUUCAUGAUCACUCCAGACGGACUUGGUGAUCAGCUGUUAGGGAUCGUGGUGGCCAGAGAGAGGCCUGAGUUAGAAGAAGAGAAAAGUGCACUUAUUAUACAGAGUGCUGAUAAUAAAAGGCAGUUGAAAGAGAUCGAAGACAGGAUUUUGGAGGUACUGUCAUCCUCAGAAGGCAAUAUCCUUGAGGACGAAACUGCCAUUAAAGUGUUGUCAUCAUCAAAGGUCCUUGCAAAUGAGAUAUCGGAAAAGCAGGCUAUUGCAGAAGAGACAGAGAGGCUAAUUGAUCAGACUCGCAUGGGCUACAAACCAAUUGCUGUUCAUUCCUCGAUUCUGUUCUUCUCAAUUGCUGAUCUUGCAAACAUUGAGCCCAUGUAUCAGUACUCACUACCAUGGUUCAUUGGACUCUUCAUCAUGUCCAUUGACAACUCUGAGCGGAGUGAUGAUUUAGCAACAAGACUGGAGAAUCUCAAGGAUUAUUUCACCUAUUCCCUCUACUGCAAUGUGUGCCGGUCAUUGUUUGAGAAGGACAAGCUGCUGUUUUCCCUGCUCCUGUGCAUUAACCUACUGACUGCAAGAGGGGAGGUGCACAAUGAUGAGUGGAAAUUCCUGUUGACGGGUGGCGUAGGACUCGAUAAUCCACACUCAAACCCAGCUAUCUGGCUUCCAUCCAAGGCAUGGGAUGAGCUCUGUAGGCUGGAUGAGCUGCCAGCAUUUAACUCAAUCAGGAAAACAUUCAUCCCGCUCAGGGAAGCCUGGAAAUCCAUCUACGAUAGUGUGGAGCCACAGUUUGAAGUCCUCCCUGGAGAAUGGGAUGACAAACUUGAUAUGUUCCAGAAACUUCUAGUGCUCAGGUGCAUUAGACCUGACAAGAUAGUGCCAGCAGUGCAGGAAUUUGUCAGUAACAGGCUUGGGAAGAGGUUUAUUGAACCACCACCAUUCGACCUUCCAAAGACCUUCCAGGACAGCCACUGCUGCACUGCUAUCAUCUUUGUACUGUCUCCUGGAGCAGAUCCAACCGCAUCACUUCUCAAAUUUGCUGAUGACAUGGGAUUUGGAGGUGCAAAGCUCAACUCCUUGUCACUUGGUCAAGGUCAAGGACCAAUUGCUAUUAAACUGAUUGAACAAGGUGUAAAGGAUGGUUCAUGGGUGGUUCUUCAAAACUGUCAUCUGGCAGUGUCAUGGAUGUCAACACUGGAGAAGAUCUGUGAGGAACUCACCCCUGAGACAACUCAUCCAGACUUCCGGCUCUGGCUCACAAGCUAUCCAUCUGAGAACUUCCCAGUGUCGGUGUUGCAGAAUGGUGUGAAAAUGACGAAUGAACCUCCGAAAGGACUGAGAGCUAAUGUUAUCCGAUCCUACCUUAGUGACCCAAUAUGCGAGGCCGAGUUCUUCCAGGGCUGUACAAAGCCUACAGCCUUUAAGCCUCUGCUGUAUGGGCUGUGCUUCUUCCACGCAUUAGUGCAGGAGCGAAGGAAGUUUGGUCCUAUCGGCUGGAAUAUUCCCUAUGAGUUUAACGAGACGGACCUGAGGAUUAGUGCCCAGCAACUGCUCAUGUUCCUUAAUCAGUACGAGGAGAUACCGUACGAUGCGAUCCGCUACCUAACUGGCGAGUGUAACUAUGGUGGCAGAGUCACCGAUGACUGGGAUCGACGUACGCUUAUGACGCAGCUGAAUCGCUUCUACUGCAAUGGCAUGCUCUCAACCAGCUACAAUUUCGAACCAAGUGGAGUGUUUCACGCCCCACCAGAUGGAGAUUAUGAUAGCUACAUCACGUACACACGCAGCCUCCCAAUAGUCACUCCACCAGGUGUAUUUGGCAUGCAUGCUAAUGCUGACAUCACUAAAGAUCAGGCAGAAACAAAGCAGAUGUUUGACAACAUCAUGCUGACUCAGAUCAAGGUGGCAGAUGGAUAUCGGGCAAAAGCAUCUUCAGCAGGAGGAAAAUCCAGUGAUCAGGUUGUCUCUGAAGUGGCAACCGACAUUUUAGCAAAAUUACCACCGAAUUUCGACACUGACUCAGUGCUCCGCAAAUAUCCAACACAAUACACACAGAGUAUGAACACCGUGCUCGUGCAGGAGAUGGGAAGGUUUAACAAGCUCCUCUCCACUGUACGCUCAAGUCUCAUCAACAUACAAAAGGCCAUUAAGGGUCUUGUUGUGAUGUCAUCAGAGCUAGAAGAAGUGUUUGUGAGUAUUCUUAAGGGCAAAGUGCCAGGCAUGUGGAUGAAAAAGAGUUACCCAUCAUUGAAACCCCUUGGAAGCUAUGUCAGUGAUUUUCUGGCUCGUCUGAAGUUCCUCCAGGACUGGUGUGAUGAUGGACCUCCCAGUGUGUUCUGGUUGUCUGGCUUCUAUUUCACCCAAGCCUUCCUCACCGGAGCUCAACAGAACUACGCAAGGAAGUACACCAUUCCCAUUGACCUGCUGGCAUUUGACUACGAAAUUCUGGAGGACCGGGAGUACACGAAUGCACCGGAGGAUGGCGUCUACAUUAAGGGAUUGUUUGUUGAUGGAGCCAGGUGGGACCGCAAGGCUGGGCAUCUUGCUGAAUCUAUGCCAAAGGUUCUUUAUGAUCCCAUGCCAGUGAUGUGGCUCAAGCCAAUAAAACGAAGCGAUAUUGUUGAUCGACCCAGCUACCUAGUACCUGUGUAUAAGACAAGUGAGCGCAGAGGCACACUUUCAACCACAGGCCAUUCUACCAACUUUGUCAUCUCCAUGAGGAUUCCCUCCAACAUGCCUGAAGCACACUGGGUCUGCCGUGGAGUUGCUCUGCUUUGCCAGCUAGACAACUAAAAUAUGUACAUUACAGCAGCAGUAAUGUACAUAAGGUUUAGCUUCUAUGUAAUCAGUCAGAUAAGAAUCAUCAGAUGUGGUGUACAAACUAGGGCACUCACUGAUCAUAGGGGAUGAUCCUUCUAUGAAUCUGCUGGAAUUUAAUUACAAGUGGUUUUCAGUAUAACAAGCUUUAAAGUCUGGUCUUUAUAAAAUAAUAUAAGGAGUGAAUAAAAACAAAUUCAACAACAAAAAAUGUUUUUAUUCACUCCUAAUAAUAGUUUUUGUUACUACAAAUAAAUUUAUUUGUGUAUAAUAUCAUUUAAAACUACCAUAAUUCAAGAAAUAAAACCGUGUUACACAAGAAAAGAUAACAGUAAGCUGUCAAAAUAUCUAAUCGUCAUUAGUAUAUAUUAGCCGAAAUUGGUAUUAUUUUAUAAGUGUUGUCGUAUUACCAAAUAUGAAUAAAUAAUAUAUGACAAGUAAGUACAAA